GUGAAUGACGGCGAAAACGUUAACCCUUGUACAGAGAACUUUCCACGAUGGCGUCCUCUGCAUUGUUGGUGUUGCUGGUACUUCAGUUUGGAUUUGGACAAAGCUCUCAUAAACAUCCUCAUGAAGAUCAUUAUAUUGGCCAGCAGCACAACCCUGAACAUGACAUGAACGUCCUUCUGGGAGAUGAGGACACUGAAGAGAUAAAGAAACUCAGCCCUGCAGAGCAGAGGAAAAAGAUCAUGGAAAUUGUGAAGAAAAUUGAUGCAAAUGCUGACAAUCUGCUAAGUGCAGAGGAGAUCACGCUAUGGAUUCAGCACAUCUACAGAAAAUAUGCUCUGGAUGAUGCAAAGGAGCGGUUCCCCGAGUUCGACACCAACAAGGACGGCGUCGUGACGUGGGAGGAGUACAACAUGGUCACUCAUGACCACCUCAUCAGUUUUGAUGACGCGGCUGUUCUGGAGGAUCCAGAGCAAGAGUCUCUCAGACAUCUCCAUCUGAAGGAGAGGAGGCGCUUUGACUUCGCAGAUGCAGACGGCACAUCGGGGCUUAAUGUGGCAGAGUUUCUUGCCUUCACCCACCCAUCUGAAGUGGAUCACAUGGCUGAUUUUGCCAUUGAAGAUGUGUUGGUUGAAUAUGACAGAGAUGAAGAUGGAUUCAUCAGUCUGAGUGAAUUUAUUGGGGACGUUCGUGGUGAUGAUGAUUCCCCUUCACAGUGGGAGAUCGAAGAAAGAGUGCGGUUUAAAGACCUCUAUGAUCAAGAUAAGGAUGGCAAGUUGAAUCGAGAGGAGCAGCUCCGCUGGAUUGCACCUAAUAGCUACGGUUCAGCAAGAGAGGAGGCACUUCACCUCCUCAAGGAAAUGGACCACGACGCUGACGGGCAGAUCUCAGAGGCUGAAGUUUUGAAAAAUCAAGAAACAUUCAUGAACAGUGAAGUCACAGACUAUGGCAGGCAGCUGCAUGUAUCACACGAUGAAUUAUAG